UCAAGCCUCCUCCUUCUGCUGGAGGAAGUAUGGCAGCGAACAGAAGAGCGAGGGCUUUCUUUUCUGUCUUCUUGCUGUGCUGCUGGCAAGACGUGCAGCCCUGGCCGAACAGAGAGUUUUCAGGUUUAAGGGCUAGACAACUACCAAGUUUUAAAGCUCUGGAUGACGAUAUAGCUACAGUGUUUGAUGAAAUUCUAGUCCGGGAGAUUUUGGAUCCAGGGAAAACAUCGUAUUUUGAAAAUCAAAGCCCACCGAAAGUCUUUGAACCAAAAACAACGAAGGACAAAAAAGUCUGGGUGAAAGAAUCCAGCACUCCUAGGAAACACGAGAAGCAGUCAUCUACUGAGACCAUAGAUACCCUUUCCUUUGAUGAUGAAGAGAAACAAACACUUUUUCAGAUUAAAAGCCUCGAGACUCUGGAGAAAAUCAUCAACACUAUCCGAAGAGCUAUUGGAACUCAUAUCAAGAAAAAACGGAAGUUUCAGAAAAGCAGGAGAAUCAGACAACUCCUGGAGAAAUUAAAGAAGCCCUAAGGACCAGGACUGGUCGAGGGGCAAGCCACUGCCCACACCUGGGGACAGAAUGGAGUGG